AGCCAAUGGGAACCCUUUGCGUCCGAACCGUUGCUUCCGGGUGUCUUCAAUGAAGAAAUCCUUCUGCAUUUGAUUCUUUUUGUAUUUUUUAAGGAAAGCUAAAAGCUACGUGGCCAUAAAACGUUUAGAAAAUGAACAGGAUAUUCGGACGCGGAAAGCCGAAAACGCCUCCUCCGAAUCUGUCGGACUGUAUCGGCAAUGUGGAUGCGAGGUCAGAGUCCAUAGAAAAGAAGAUUGGUAGACUAGAUGCUGAACUCGUGAAGUACAAGGAUCAGAUGAAAAAGAUGAGAGAUGGGCCCUCGAAGAACAUGGUGAAACAGAAGGCGAUGAGAGUCCUGAAGCAGAAGAGGAUGUAUGAAGGUCAAAGAGAGCAGCUGGCUCAGCAGUCUUUUAACAUGGAGCAGGCAAACUACACAAUCCAGACAUUGAAGGACACCAAAACAACAGUGGAGGCCAUGAAGAUUGGUGCAAAGGAAAUGAAAAGGGCUUACAAGGACGUCAAACUUGAUCAGAUUGAUGAUUUACAGGACCAACUGGAGGACAUGAUGGAGGACGCCAGCGAGGUACAAGAGGCCCUGAGCCGCAGCUACGGCACUCCAGAGAUAGAUGAGGAUGAUCUUGAAGCAGAGCUGGACGCACUGGGUGAUGAGCUGCUGCUGGAUGAUGACAGCUCCUACCUGGAUGAGGCCUCGGCUGCCCCGUCUAUCCCUGAGGGAAUCCCCAGUGACAGCAAGACAAACAAGGAUGGUGUUUUGGUGGAUGAGUUUGGCCUGCCACAGAUUCCUGCCACAUAAACAAGGAAUGGAUUAAAGCAACUGCACUUCAACUGAAAACACUUUUAUAUGUAGAGUAACAUUUAUACAUGCAAAACCAUUUGACCUGAGAACACUACAAUAUUUUGAAGCUGUCCUGGUGUUGGGUUGUGUAUUGUUACCACUACCGUGCUAGCAUGUGGCCUUGUAACAUACUGAACCUUUUUUAAACACACUAUUCCCCUUUUGUCCUCUUGUCUAAUAUUUGUCAGUUCCGUUCAUCACCAGUAUUACCUAGUAAUAAUUUAUUUUUAUUUCUUUAAUUUUUAUUCUAGUUUUGUGUGUUGUUUAGUCAUUACCAUUUUGUUUUGAGUUCUCACAAGUGGAGAUGAUUCCCACUGAGCCUGUUCAAAUGUCUGCAGGUUAUUUGAAACAUGCAAAAUAAAUAAUGUGUUUUAAUUUAA